AUGGACUUCUGGGAUGGGACGGAGCAUGCCUUCAUGAUGCCCAGCAUCACUGCUGAAGAGCUGGCAGACGCAGAGCAUGACCUGGUUUUCCUUUGCUUUCCAGAGCGAACAGCCAUCUGGGAUGUGGUGGCUGGCUACAUUCAAGAAAGACUGCUUCAGGACAAGGGUGUCCGAAUUCCCACCCUCGGCUCCUUCGACAUUGUCCCCACGCAGAUCAAGGUGGGAGAUGAGGCCGUGACUAUCCAGAGGCCGAUGUUUUACCUGGCAAGAAACCUUGUAGCUGAACACAACCUGACAGACGACAAGGACUAUCUGCCUGGACACAAGGAGCUACAGCCCCUCAAAUACUCCAAGGUGGCCACAGCCGCUUCUGUGUCCCGACGGAAAGCGGAGAUCUGCAUCCAGGGCACCAUAGCCUUCCUCUCUGUCUGCCUGGGGAAGGGGAACAACAUCGCCCUUGUCCUGAAGGACAUAGGGGUGCUCGUCAUUGAACGCAAAAAGGUGCAAAUAAAGUUUUUUUGCGACUUCCUAGAGACGAUGUCUGGGAAGGAGAACUGGAAAAAAGCUGUUUCUAAGGUUCCCCGGCUGCUGGACAUGGUGGUGUCCCGGGAUGUACCUUUGGGCUCACUGACCGAUUCCGGCCACGUCAUCACCUUUCCUGAGUUUGCCCGGCAGUUCGUGCCCAAACCGCCUAGGAGACCUCUCAGGCACUGCGGAAGAGUCCCAGGUGAGGACAGCUGGAAGCACAGGAGAAUGCUGAGAGCUCUCAGGCAGGACGCAAAAGGGGCAUUUGAUGAACUGCCAUCGCCUACUGCUUCUAGCUUGAGCCAUAUUGAAAUGUCAAAGCUUUGGGAAAAAAAGAAUAUGGUGGCACAGAAGUCUCGACCCAGGUGA